AUGUCUCUCUUUGGCGUCGUUGUACCGGGCCGACCCUGUGUGGCGCCUGCUCAAGUCAGCGGGCAGGCGUCGGCGGGCGGCGUCUUCCAGUCUGGGCAGUGGGUGUGUGACCUCGUGAACCCGGGCGAGAUUUCCGACUUUGUCUGCUUCCUCAACGCGCCGCUUCCAAGCAACAACGAAGGCGCAGGGAUCUACUUCAGUAUUCCGCCCUUCACUGACUGGGAGUUCAUGGGGGUCAUCACAAACAACAAACCGAGCGCUCUCCUCUCUCCCGGCUGGUCGUUCUUGCCUCAGGUGAACCAGCAACCCCUUAUCAAGCUUGGCUUGUCGAUUGAAAGCGCUGCUGUGCUGGCGGAGAAGCUCCUUACGAAGCCGCCUGUAGAUGUCAAGAAAGAAUACGCGCGGCGAGUCGCUUUGAACUUGUAUAGAUAUAUUGAAUCCUUUCAAGGUGGUGCGACAAUGCCGUUGCUGGAUCAGUGGUUCCAAAGGUUCGAAACCCGGUACCAGCGAGACCCGAAUUUCGUCAUGAAAAGUGAAUGA